ACCAACCUAUUGUGGAACCAAUUCGCAGAAACAAAGUUCCCACGGAGCCAUUUUACAUCCGUGCCCGUCGUUAGCAAUGGCUCUAUUAUGAGGUAACCUAUCUUAGCAUUCGAUCUAGUGCUCUCUGUGUGUGUGUGUUUGAUGAGGUGUGGAAGAAAGAGGAGAUGUGGUCCUUUUUUGCCAGGGAUCCAGUCAAAGACUUUGCUUAUGAAAUUCUGCCAGACACCCAAGAAAAGUGUGGAAUAUGGACUCUACAUCGGGGAAAACGAAAGACCAGUGGAGAGUCGGUGUCUGUGUUUGUGUACGAGGUCGCACAGGGAUCAGAACAGCAGACACAGCUGGCCAAGGCUGCCUUCAAGCGUAUGAAGACCCUGCGUCACCCUAACAUCCUGGCCUAUGUUGAUGGACUAGAGACUGAGAAGAGCCUGUACCUGGUGACUGAGCAGGUGACCCCUCUGGCAGUCCACCUGAAGGCCCAGGCAGAGAGAGGUGGAUCUGGGGAACUGGAGAUCUCAUGGGGAUUGCAUCAGAUAGUGAAAGCACUGAGUUUUCUGAUCAACGACUGCCACCUGCUCCAUAACAACUUGGGCGUAUGGGCUGUUUUUGUGGAUCGAGCUGGAGAGUGGAAGCUAGGAGCCCUUGAUCAUGUGACCCCUGAGGAGGGUGACCCAACUGGGGUGUCACUCCCUGCCCCAAAGGCUGUUUACCCAGACAUGGAGAAAUAUGACCCACCAGAGAUAUCCAGCAGCAGUGGAGAGACAUGGGCAGGGGAGGUGUGGAGACUAGGCUGCCUGAUCUGGGAAGUGUUCAAUGGGCCGUUACCUCGCACUUCCUCCCUCCGUUCACUGGGAAAGAUCCCGAAGUCCCUGGUCCCUCAUUACUGUGAGUUGGUGGGUGCCAACUCUCGGGCUCGGCCAAACCCAGCCCGCUUUCUCCAGAAAUGUAGAGCCCCUGGGGGAUUCCUCAACAACAGCUUUGUGGAAAGCAACCUUUUCCUGGAGGAGAUCCAGAUCAAGGAGCCAGCUGAGAAGCAGCAGUUCUUCCAGGAUCUGAGUGACAAUCUGGACUCCUUCCCAGAAGACUUCUGUAAACACAAGGUCCUGCCUCAGCUGCUCACUGCAUUUGAGUUUGGCAAUGCAGGUGCUGUUGUCCUCACACCACUCUUCAAGGUUGGGAAGUUCCUGUCUGCAGAGGAGUACCAAACGAAGAUCAUCCCUGUUAUCGUGAAGAUGUUUUCCUCCACAGACCGAGCCAUGAGGAUACGACUUCUGCAGCAGAUGGAGCAGUUCAUUCAGUAUCUGAAUGAGCCAGCGGUCAACUCCCAGAUUUUCCCUCAUGUUGUUCAUGGCUUCACAGACACCAACCCUGCUAUCAGAGAACAGACUGUUAAGUCUAUGUUGCUACUGGCUCCCAAGCUGAAUGAGACCAACCUGAACCAGGAGCUGAUGCGUCACUUUGCCCGGCUGCAGGCCAGAGACGAACAAGGCCCGAUCCGGUGCAACACCACUGUCUGCCUGGGAAAGAUAGCCUCCUACCUCAAUGCAGGGACUCGACAGCGUGUUCUGAUUUCUGCCUUCUCACGAGCCACUAAAGACCCCUUCCCAGCUUCACGUUCCGCUGGUGUCUUGGGCUUUGCCGCAACACACAACUACUACAGUGUGAUGGAGAUCGCUGCCCGCAUCCUGCCCACCCUCUGUGCCAUUACUGUCGACCCCGAUAAGAGUGUCAGAGACCAGGCAUUCAAAGCUAUCAAGAGUUUCCUUUCCAAACUUGAGACUGUUUCAGAAGACCCCACCAAGCUGGCUGAUAUAGAAAAGGAUGUGGCAGCAUCCGCACAGCCUGCAGGUGCCUCUUCCAGCUGGGCUGGCUGGGCUGUGACUGGCGUGUCCUCCCUAACUUCUAAGCUGAUUCGCAACGCUCCAGGGACAGAGGGGGGUGCAGCAGCUGAGGGCAGCGGGCCUUCCAACUCUGCGAGUUCUACUAGUGCCACCGAUGCAACACCUGCACCUGGUUCUGAAGAUAAAACUCCACAAGCCUCCCUGACUCACCAUGGUGCCUCUAGUCGCGCCAACCCAUCACAGCCUCUUGAAGUGACGGACAAUGAUGAUGAGCCAGUUGGAGACCGCUGGGAUGACGAGGAGGACUGGGGAAGUUUGGAGGAGCCAGACAAGGCUCACACAGAGACGGAUGACUGGAACACUGACUGGUCAGGAAUGGCAUCAUCCAAAAAGAAGGCCAGUGACAGAGUGGGCCGGUCGUCGUCCUCCAUAGCGGUGAAAAAGCAGAGCUCUGACUGGAGCAGCUCAGGCUGGGACGCUGACGACAGCUGGUCCAAUGAGAAAGAAGGCCAGGGUCAGAGCUCUGCCGGCGAGGAUGGCUGGGGCAACGACUGGGGAGAGGAGGAGUCGGACACAGCCUCUGUCAAGAAGACACUCCCCCUGCCCGAAGGGGUGCGAUUAACCAGCGAGUACAACUGGGAAAGCGGAAGCACGGCGAAGGGGGCCAGUCAGAAUGAACUGUUCGCCAGUGUAUCCCAAAGAAACACAGCCAGUUCUGCUGUAUCUAUGGCAGGAGAUGUCUGGGGAGGCGAAGCAAUGGGAGACUGGGGAACCGAGGAGAGCUGGGAGUCACUGGAUGGAAACCAGGGUCUCAGCAAGGCUGAACUGUCCAAGAAAAAACGGGAGGAGAGGAGGAAAGAGCUGGAGGCGAAACGGGCAGAGCGCAAAGCUGCCAAAGCUCCUCUCAAACUGGGCGCACGUAAGAUGGACUGACAGGGAUGCAAAUAGAGAGAGAUGAGGGUGGGAAUGGAGAGGGAGGAACCACAGUGACUGGACCCAGAGCAACAGAUAGAGGUCUGACAUUCCACAAGUAAAGGACCAGAGAAGUGUUAAUGGUGGAAAAAAAAUACUGUGAACAGUUGCUAGAAUGGGGGUGGCUUGUUGGUUAAGCAGAGGAAAAUGUUCUUCUGCUCAGUCCACGACUUUCAGCCUUUAAAUGAAAAAGCCACAGUCCAGGACUUUAUGAAUGAAUCGUUGUGGAUGGAAGAAAUGAGGGGACACAGGAGUGGAACAGAAAACCCAAAGACAUAAAGCGGCACAGAGCUGCGCUCCCCGCAGCAGAGGCCUGAGCUGAUUAGACAAAAUAUCCUGAUGGUUGUUGUUUUUUUUUUUUUAUUCAUAGCUCAUAAACUUGCAGUUGUAAAGAUGUAUAUAAAUGGUGCAGUGUUUUAAAAUGACAUGAAGAAAUGAUUUUUUUUUUAAUGGAGAAAGAGUAUAUAUAACAGAAGGUAUUUCAGAAUCAAACAUGAUUUUGGUGUACACACACACAGUGGAUAUGACUGUUUCAGUUCAGCUGUCACUUACUUGUAGAUUUACCUAAAAUCAAUCCAUGCAUGCACUUGUGUAUUUGUGUGGUCUAACAAAAGGUUCCAUGGCAAGAAAUUACAUGUGGGGUUACUUUGCACAUAAAUACAACACUGUAUUCUACUAAACUGGCCUGAGAACCAAUAUUUCAAAUCUAUAAAUGAGAAACUCAUAGUGGAGCAGCUCAGCCGCACAAGGACAUUAAUUUGA